AUGCCAUUCGGUUGUCUGACACUUGGGGAGAAGAAGGAUUACAAUAAUCCCUCAGAGGUGGCAGAUAAAUAUGACCUCGGGCAGAUUGUCAAAUCGGAGGAGUUCUGUGAGAUAUUCCGAGCAAAAGAUAGGAAUACAUUGAAAAUGUACACCUGUAAAAAAUUUCUAAAGAAGGACGGGAGGAAAGUAAGAAAAGCUGCCAAGAAUGAGAUCAUAAUCUUGAAGAUGGUAAAACAUCAUAAUAUCCUCCAGCUGGUUGACGUGUUCGAAACUAAGAAAGAGUACUUCAUCUUUAUGGAGCUUGCCACAGGCAGAGAGGUCUUUGACUGGAUCUUAGACCAAGGCUACUACUCAGAGAGGGACACCAGCAACGUUGUGAGGCAGGUGUUGGAAGCCGUAGCCUACCUGCACACAUUGAAAAUCGUCCACAGAAACCUCAAGCUGGAGAACUUAGUGUACUAUAACCGUCUGAAGCACUCCAAAAUUGUUAUUAGUGACUUCCAUUUGGCAAAGCUGGAAAAGGGACUCAUUAAAGACCCAUGUGGGACCCCAGAGUAUCUUGCUCCUGAGGUUGUUGGGAGGCAGCGAUAUGGGAGGCCAGUGGACUGCUGGGCCAUAGGAGUCAUCAUGUAUAUACUUUUAUCAGGAAACCCUCCUUUCUAUGACGAUGCUGAUGAGGACGACUAUGACAACCAUGACAAGAACCUUUUCCUGAAGAUUUUGUCAGGAGACUAUGAAUUUGAUUCACCAUACUGGGAUGACAUUUCAGACUCGGCCAAAAAUUUGGUUGCCUCUAUGAUGGAAGUGGACCAGGAUCAGCGUCUAACUGCAGAGGAGGCCAUAGGCCACGAAUGGAUUUCAGGGAAUGCCGCCUCUGAUAAGAAUAUCAAGGAUGGAGUUUGUGCUCAAAUAGAAAAGAACUUUGCCAAGGCCAAGUGGAAGAAAGCCGUAAGAGUGACAACGCUCAUGAAGAGACUUCGAGCCCCGGAGCAGAGCAACUCAGGGGUCUCCAGUCCUGCUGCAGGGGCUUCAGCUGGCUCCGCCACACCCAGCAGCACUCCUGCAGAUGGGCCCGAGAGUGUCCCUGCCGGCACCGAGGCCUCGGUCAGCGUACAGGUUCCUGACGCACAGUGCGUGACCGUCCACGGACGCACUCUGACCAGCGCUUCCUAA